AUGGCUAACAGAUUGGCAGAGAUCAAGAUCCUGGAAGGCGAUCGACAAGCGGUCGAAGAGAUCGAGAUUGAUGAAGAAGACAAGUUGUGCAAGGAGAUCGACUAUCGAACAGAUCAGCGAUCGGACAGAUCAGGGAUCGGCCAAGGAGAUCGACGAUCAGCGAUCGGCCAAAGAGAUCGACGAUUGGCCAAGGAGAUCGACGAUCAGCGAUCGGCCAAGGAGAUCGACGAUCGGCGAUCGGUCGAGGAGAUCAACGAUCAGCGAAUGGCCAAGGAGAUCGACGAUCAGCGAUCGGCCAAAGAGAUCAACGAGAUCGACGGUCAGUGA